AACAACAGCAAACCCGGCGCCGGCGGCAUGGGCAAGGCCUGGACGUUCGACGACGACGACGAACCCGGCAUGUCGGCGCUUCAAUAUUCGGACGGCGGUACCGCCGCCGCCGCCGCCGCAGGCCCGUACGGGGGCGCCGGGUCGGGCCUGCGGACGGUGAAGAGGAAGCGGGCGAGGAGGCAGUGGAAGUGGCCAUGGGCGAAGGAAAAGGUGCUCGGGGGCGAGCGCGUCGUGCCGCUCAACGGCGAGUCGGCGGGCGCCCCGGGCCAGGACGAAUUCUGCUCCAACUACGUGAGCACGAGCAAGUACAACGUCGUCACUUUUGUCCCCAAGUUCUUCGCCGAACAAUUCAGCAAAUACGCCAACCUCUUCUUCUUAUUCACCGCAUGUAUACAACAGAUACCAGGCGUAUCACCCACGAACAGAUAUACAACAAUCGCUCCCCUUUCGGUCGUGCUACUCGCCAGCGCGUUCAAAGAAGUCGGCGAAGAUUUGAAACGCCAUCAAUCCGACGCCGAACUCAACACGCGCAAGACCAAGGUGUUACAGCCCGGCGCCUCGUUCGCCGACGAGAGCUGGGAAAACGUGCAGGUCGGAGACAUCGUCCGCCUCGAAUCGGAUGACUUUAUCCCUGCCGACCUCGUGCUCAUAUCCUCCUCCGAGCCCGAGGGCCUGUGCUAUAUAGAAACCAGUAACCUAGACGGAGAAACCAAUCUGAAGAUCAAGCAGGCGUCACCGCAAACCUCCUCCCUCACCGCACCCCACCUCGUCGUUUCGACGAGGUACCAUUACAUCCUCACCUUCAUCAUCCUGUACAACAACCUCAUCCCCAUCUCGCUCAUCGUCACGAUGGAGGUGGUCAAGUUCCAGCAGGCGCAGCUCAUCAACUCCGACCUCGACAUGUACUACGCCAAGACGGACACGCCCGCGCUCUGCCGGACCUCGUCCCUCGUCGAGGAGCUCGGCCAGAUCGAGUACGUCUUCUCGGACAAGACCGGCACGUUGACCCGGAACGAGAUGGAGUUCCGGUGCUGCUCGAUCGCGGGCGUGCCGUACGCGGACGAGGUGGAGGAGGGCAAGGAGGGCUGGAAGAGCUUCGCGGAGCUGCGCGGCCUCGCGGAGGGAAGCUCGAACCCGUUCGUGGACGCGCCCCGGGGCGAGGAAGGGCGGGAGCGCGAGGUCGUCAACGAGUUUCUGAGCCUGUUGGCCGUGUGCCAUACCGUCAUCCCCGAGGUCAAGAACGAGAAGAUCGUGUACCAGGCGAGCAGUCCCGACGAGGCCGCGCUGGUGGCCGGCGCGGAGUUGCUCGGAUACCAGUUCCACACGCGUAAACCAAAGUCCGUGUUCGUCAACAUGCACGGCUCCUCGCGCGAAUUCGAGAUCCUCAACGUGUGCGAGUUCAACUCGACGCGGAAACGGAUGUCGACCGUCGUUCGCGGUCCGGACGGGAAGAUCAAGCUCUACUGCAAGGGCGCGGACACCGUGAUCCUGGAAAGGCUGAGCAAGGACCAACCUUACACCGAGAAAACCCUGCAGCACCUCGAGGAUUACGCGACGGAAGGGCUUCGGACGCUCUGCAUCGCCUAUCGCGAUAUCUCCGACGCGGAGUAUCGUCAGUGGGCGGCCAUGUACGACCAGGCCGCGGCGACGAUCAACGGACGAGGCGACGCCUUGGACAAGGCGGCGGAAGCUAUCGAGAAGGACAUGUUCCUCCUCGGAGCCACUGCGAUCGAGGACAAGCUGCAAGAGGGUGUUCCUGAUACCAUCCACACUCUCCAGAUGGCCGGCAUAAAGGUGUGGGUAUUGACCGGUGACCGUCAGGAAACAGCGAUCAACAUCGGCAUGUCCUGCCGUCUCAUCUCGGAGUCCAUGAAUAUGGUCAUCGUGAACGAGGAGACGGCUCAGGCAACUGAGGAAUUCAUCAUGAAGCGUCUCACCGCUAUCAAGAACCAACGCAGCGCAGGCGAAACGGAGGAUCUGGCGUUGAUCAUCGACGGCAAGAGUCUCACAUUUGCGCUGGAGAAACCGUUGAACAAGUCGUUCCUGGAGCUCGCUAUCAUGUGCAAGGCCGUCGUCUGCUGCCGUGUGUCGCCUCUGCAGAAAGCUCUUGUGGUCAAGCUCGUGAAGAAGAACCAGAAGUCGAUCUUGCUGGCCAUUGGCGAUGGUGCUAACGAUGUCAGCAUGAUCCAAGCCGCUCAUGUUGGUGUCGGCAUAUCCGGUCUGGAGGGUUUGCAAGCGGCGCGUUCUUCCGACGUAGCGAUAUCUCAAUUCCGAUAUCUCAAGAAGCUGCUUCUGGUUCACGGCGCAUGGAGCUACACCCGACUUUCCAAGCUCAUCCUCUAUUCCUUCUACAAGAAUAUCGUUCUAUAUAUGACGCAGUUUUGGUUUUCGUUCUUCAACAACUUCUCAGGGCAGAUCGCUUAUGAGUCCUGGACUCUAUCCUUGUACAACGUGCUCUUCACCGUGCUUCCACCCCUCGUCAUCGGCAUCUUCGAUCAGUUCGUCUCGGCGCGGAUAUUGGACCGGUAUCCACAGCUGUAUACCCUCGGUCAAAAGAAUACCUUUUUCACUCGCACUGCCUUCUGGCAAUGGGUAGCGAACGCGCUAUGGCAUAGCCUGAUCCUCUUUGCGUUUUCCGUCAUCCUGUGGUGGGGCGACUUGAAGCAAUCGAGCGGUCUCGACACCGGUCACUGGUUCUGGGGAACGACGCUCUACCUCGCGGUCCUGUUGACUGUCCUGGGGAAAGCCGCUCUCAUUUCCGACCUGUGGACCAAGUACACAGUAGCAGCGAUACCCGGUUCCUUCGCGUUUACGAUGGCGUUUCUACCGUUGUAUGCCACCGUCGCCCCUGCUAUCGGAUUCUCGACGGAGUACGAGGGCAUCGUUUCACGCCUAUGGACCGACGGUGUGUUCUACUUCGUACUGCUGCUCGUGCCGAUCGUGUGCCUUGCCCGUGACUUCGUGUGGAAAUACUACCGGAGAACAUACAGCCCCCUAUCCUAUCACAUUGCCCAAGAACUCCAAAAGUACAACAUUCCUGACUACCGGCCGCGGCAAGAACAGUUCCAAAAGGCGAUCAAGAAAGUACGCGCCGUACAGCGCAUGCGGCGCAAUCGCGGUUUCGCAUUCAGUCAGACCGAAGAUGUGGGACGACAGGAUCAGGCCCGACUCAUCAGGGCCUACGACACUUCGAAGUCAUACGCACGACCAUCAGGAUACUAGUUUUAGCAGUUGUUAUUGAUCCCAGUAUUGUACCCUUCGUUCAUUCCCGCUAGAGUUUUGCUCUCGGAUGCUAUUCGGGUGCUUAUAUUUGUGUGCUACUUUGCCUUCUACGCGGACUAUGGAAUUCAAUCUUAGCCUCAGGUUUAUAUACUAUAUACCUAUGUGAACAUAGGUCG